ACAGAGCUGCCGGAGAUUUCAACUGCACACAGAUGUCAGCAGCUCUACACUCCACAACUCUGACUACCGACAUGAACAACCUACCCGGGGACGAAAUUGGGAAGCUCUUUGUGGGAGGAUUAGACUGGAGUACUACACAAGAGACGUUACGAAAUUACUUCUCCCAGUAUGGAGAGGUUGUGGACUGUGUCAUCAUGAAGGACAAAAGCACAAAUCAGUCCAGGGGCUUCGGGUUUGUGAAGUUCAAAGACCCAAACUGCGUUCGUACUGUACUGGACACCAAGCCUCAUAAUCUGGACGGUAGAAAUAUUGACCCCAAGCCAUGCACUCCACGAGGAAUGCAACCUGAGAAGACACGGACGAAAGAUGGCUGGAAAGGAGGUAAAGGUGACAGCAAUAAAUCCAAGAAGAUAUUUGUUGGUGGAAUUCCUCACAACUGUGGUGAACCAGAGCUCAGGGACUAUUUUAACAGAUUCGGAGUGGUCACAGAGGUGGUAAUGAUCUAUGAUGCAGAGAAACAGAGACCCCGAGGUUUUGGAUUUAUUACUUUCGAGGCUGAACAAUCAGUGGACCAGGCUGUCAACAUGCAUUUUCACGACAUCAUGGGCAAAAAAGUUGAAGUGAAGAAGGCUGAGCCUCGGGACAGUAAAGUUCCUAGCCCUGGGCAGCUGGGAGUCAAUCAGUGGGCUCCCAGAGCCAUCCUGAAUGCAGCCAAUGGCUGGCCUGCACAGCCUGCUCAGACCUGGCAGCAGAGCUACAGCCCUCAGGGAGUUUGGGUGUCUGCUGGUCAGCCUUUAGGUGGAUAUUGCCCUACUUUGCCUGCAGGCAGAGGAGCUCCUGCACACGUGCCAUCUCACUUUAAUGCUUUUUUAGUUACGGCGCCUCCACCAGGAGGAUUUGGGGCACCUCAGGGAUAUCCACAGCAGGGCUACAGCACUCCUCCUCAGUUUGGGUACAGUUUUGGCACACCUCAAGUCGACCAGUUUUUACCACAAGGAAUUCCUCCCCCUCCCACAACUCCUGGAGCUGCUCCCCUAGGCUUUCCCCCAGCUACCACCCCUACUCAGGACAUGAGCAAAGCUCCUCCAGCACAGCCUGACUUCUCUUAUAGCCAGUACGGCUUGGGUAACUAUCCUCAGGACCCCUCUGCCUACGGACCAACGCGUCCCUCUCACAGUAAUGGUCAGGAUGAGCAGGGAAAUAGUGCAGGCUAUGGACAGGAUCUGAGUGGUUUUGGACAUGGCUUUGCUGACCCCAGCCAGCCAGCUGCCUCAUACGGUGCCCCUUCUGCACAACCCACAUCUGCACUGCAGCCCACCGCCAGCACUUUUGGUCGUGGGCAAAACCACAACGUCCAGGGCUUCCAUCCUUAUCGGCGCUGAGCGUUCCCCUCCAACCUCCGCAAUGCAAUACAAACAGUCAGGGAAAUUACUGUUCUGAUUACAAACACCACUGGAUGUGGGCCUGGUGUUUGAUGAACGUUAAUAAUGUUAUUGGAGGAUGGUUGUUUGUUUUGGUGUGUGUGUGUGUGUGUGGGUGUGUGUGGGCGUGCGUGUGCGUGUAAUUUCUGAACAGGGACUAUACUCCUACAUCAGGAGGACACAUUUGUUGUGCAUUUUAUAGUGAGACGGAGCUACAUAGCAAUAGAUUUUUUCGAUUGGUGAAACAUCAGCACAGAACCAUACCAGUCAAUGGAGUGACAGGGUCUCCCAUUCCUUCAGCUUUAAUUUUAUUAGGGUGGAAAUAGUUCAUUUUUCAAUUUUGUGCAUUUUUGUUUACUCUGAGCCUUUGACCAUUUUAUUUAAAUUUAUUUGAAAUAGGAAUUCCAAUUAUGUAUUAUAAACCUGAACUGUGCAAUUUUUUAAAUGAAUUUUCUACUAUUACAUGUGCGCUUUUCUGGUUUUUAUUUAAGGAUGUAGAGGAUUCCCUCAGGUGGCUGUUCUAGUGCACUUUGCACUUAUGCAAAAAAGAAAUGUUUUAUUUGAAAUAAAUGAUUUA